AUGAAUUCAGAUAAUUCUAAAUUAAUAAUUACUCCUUUAGGAGCAGGUAAUGAAGUUGGCAGAUCAUGCAUAUUGCUCUAAUUCUAAGAAAAAUAAAUUAUGGUAGAAAUUAUUUAAUAUCUAGUUUGAUUGUGGAAUACAUAUGAAUAAGGAAAACAAAGGUGUUAUGGCAUUGCCUUAUUUUAAUAAAAUAGAUAAAAUUGAGGACAUAGAUUUAAUUCUUAUAACUCACUUUCAUCUAGAUCAUUGUGGUGCUCUUCCAUAUUUUCUUAAAAAUUAUAAAUUUAGGGGGAAAAUUUAUAUGACUACUCCAACCAAAGAGAUUUAUGGUUUAGUUUUGAAAGAUUCAAUUAAGGUUAAAAGUGAAGAUUUUAGCCAAGAUUUAAUAAAUGAAUAAAGCAUAGAAUAAUCAUUAAAAAAUAUUGAUUGUAUAGAUUAUGAUUAAGAAAUUCAUUACUAAGGAAUUAAAUUGAAAUGUUAUAAUGCUGGACAUGUCUUAGGUGCAGCAAUGUUUAUGGUUGAAAUUGAUGGUGUUAGAGUUUUGUAUACUGGAGAUUAUAGUACAGAAAAAGAAAGGUAUUUUAUAGUAAAUAAUGUUUAAGGCAUCUAAGACCAGCUCAAUUACCACUUGAAAAAAUUCAUGUAUUGAUAGUUGAAUCAACUUAUGGUGAUACAUAACAUGAAACUAGAACUAAAAGAGAAGAAAACUUUUUAAAAGAAAUUGUUUCAACUCUUAAUGGUGGAGGAAAUGUAUUAUUACCUGUUUUUGCUACUGGAAGAUGUCAUGAAUUGUUAAUAAUUUUAGAUGAAUACUGGUCUAAAAAUCCUUAAAUACAAUAAUUUCCUAUUUAUAGUACUUGUACAUUAGCCAUUAAAUGUACACAUAUUUUUUAAAAACAUUAUAAUAAAUUAGGAAAUAAAUUUUAAAAAGGUGAGAAUCUAUUCAAAUUUAAUUAUAUAAAUACAAAAAAACAUUUAUAAGAUAUCCUAAAUAAUCCAAAACCAAAAGUAGUAAUGGCAAGUCCAGGAUUGCUUUAAUCAGGACAUUCAAAAUAAAUAUAUGAAUAUUGGUGUAAAGAUGAAAAGAACUAAGUAAUAAUUACAGGACCAGCAGUAUAAGGGACAAUUGCUCAUUAAUUAAUACAUAAUCCAGAACCUGAUAUAAAAAUAAGACCUGCAUAAAUAAGCUUUUCUGCUCAUGCAGAUUAUCUAUAAACUUCAUCAUUUAUUGAUUCUUUAAGACCAUAACAUGUUAUUUUAGUUCAUGGAACUUAACAUAAAUGUAGAGAUUUAUAAAAGAAGAUUGAAAUAAAUUUUAAAGAUAUUGUGGAGAAAGUAUGGGCACCUGAAAAUUAAAAAUAAGUUGAGCUAUGUUUUUAAAGAAGCUCAGUUUCUUAGGCUGGAUGUAAAGCAAUAGGAGAAUUAGGAAAUUAGAUUGAAAAUUUUAUUAUUACAUUUUAAGAAAAGCAUAAUUAACAUAAGAUUGAUGAAGAGACUGUAGAAUCAAUGACUGAUUGUACUUGUUGUACUAAUGAUCUUUAUUUUAAUGGAGUGCUCUUAAAUACUGAGCAUGGAUUUAUGUUAGUUGAUGAAACUGACAAGGAAACUUUAUAAUAAUAUGGUAUAGAACAAAAUUAAAUUUAUAACUAAAUGUAUAUUCCUUUAUCAUGUUCUCUUGAAUAAGUAUUUAAUUAUGUUUAAGAAUUAAAUCCAGAGGCACAAUUUCAUCCAGAUGAUAGUUUAAUUGUGGUAAAAGAUUUAGAGAUUAGAGUACCUGUUUCAAGUGUUUUGUUAUAAUUUAAAUGGAUAUCCUCACCAAAAACUGAUGAUUUGGCUGAUUCAUUAGCAUUUUUUUUAAGUAAUGUAAAUUAAAAUAAAUUGGAUGAUGAAGAAUUGUUAAAAGGUAUUCACUAAAUUGAUAUAGUAUAAUAGAUAAAUAAAAAGGAUUAAUAAAAGUACUUUAAAAGACUGAAUUUCAAACAGAGAUAAUAGAUAAUAAAUUAAAUGUGAAAAACAAGAAUUCAGUUAUCAUAUAAGUUGACUUAAAUGAUUUGAAUCUAUCAGUUAUUCCAGAAGAAACCCAUGAAAAUAAAAAUAUUAUCAAAAGAGCUUAAACAAUUAUUGAAUCAUAUUUGAGUUCCUAUAUAUGA